AGCGGAAAUCAAAAUAAGCACUAAGCACUAAAUACUAAGUAGUAGUCAGCAAUAAUCAUCAAUCUGGGAGUACCCCCAUUAAUAGACAGAAUACAAUAAAUAUUAAUAUGGUAAGAAUUCCUAUAACCAGAGGAAUUGGAGUGGACAUUACCAGUAUCACCCGAUUUAAAAAAUUAUUGAGUAAGGAUCAUGAGUUUGUUAAGAGGCUAAGCUUAAGGAUAUUACAUCCUCAGUAUGAAUUAAAGAAAUUUGAAGAAUUACAAGAGAUAACCAAUACUAAUCAAGGGUUAAUAUUUUUCGCGGGAACAUGGGCUUCUAAGGAAGCGUUAUAUAAAUCCUUGAGUAUUGAGGGUCAAAAAAAGUUUAGGUUUAAGGAUUGGUAUAGAAAGUAUGAUGAGAAUGGGAAACCUCUGAUACAUAAUGAUCAAUAUCAUGAAGAUCAUGAAUUCUUGCUUACAGUAUCACACGAUGAGGAUGUACUUGUAGCCAAUGUUGUGCGACAAGAAUAUGUUACUAUAGGUGAUAGUGAUUAGUAAUUAGUGAU